AUGAAUAAUCAAGUCACAAUCGCUUACAUCGAUAUUGGUUGCACAGCCUUAUCAAUGGUGGCUUGCUUGUUAAUUUGUAUAUUAGGGAUUGUUUCCCCAAUCUAUAGAAAAUAUCCCUCAAAGUUUUAUUUUAUAAAUAAUAAUAGAAUCAUUGUAUGGAUCUCUUACUUAUUUAUCUUCCUAGGCAUAUUUAUUUAUAUCGAUUAAGCUAUAGUUAUUAUCAAUCAUAAUCAUUAAAAUGAAUAUAAAGAAUUGCAUAAAUUAACCGACUUCUUUUUAGGUGUUACAAUAAUUAUAAUCUCAAAUUAGUUUAUCCUAUUUUUAAAUGAAGUAAAAAUAUGUAUUUACAACCCAUUUUAAGCAACUUCUUCAUCUGUAUUUCUAUUUUUAUUAUUUUUGCAAACCUUAUUAACUUUGGUAUUGAUUAUUAUACCACUUGUAUUUUAUAAGUAAAAUUGUUAUUUUUAAAACAUAGUUAUAUCACUUAAUAUAGCUAAUUGGCUUCGUACAUAAAUUUUGGUAGUUUUUUGAUUUGCCUGAUAUUUUAUUUUGCCAUUUUGUCUCUUUUAUACAGAAAUAAGACUUUAUAAAGUAGAAGACUUUUUGAAUUCAAGCGUGAUUUUGUUAGACAAUAAGCAUAUUGGUUGUUUACUAUGUUGUUGAUUAAUUUUGCUUUUUCGUUUUAUAAUCUUAAUGCAAAUGAAAAUGAUGACUCUAACAUUUUUAAAAUAGCACUAAGUUUGGAAGGUUUAUUCUAUUCUAUUUUCCAUCUAAUUUAACCUUACUCAUAUCAUAAACUUUUAUCUUUGCUUUUUAGAUCUUGUCAAAAUUAAUCUGAUAUCUAAGCCAUUGAAAAUAUUGAAUAUGGAAUAAAUGAAGAUAAUUAAAAUUAAAUGAUGCCAAUUUAUGAAAAAUUGUUAAAGACAUAAAUUAAUGAACUUGUUAAAGGAUUAGUUAAAGCUGUAUUGGCAACUCUUAAUAUGUAAUUCGAACAUCACAUGAAAGAAUUUGAAAAGAAAAGAACUUAUACAUUUAAAUUUCAUUUAUCUGAAUUAGAUGAAAGUAGAAUUGAAUUUACUGAAACUGAUGACAUCAGAGAUUCUAUUAUUUUAGUUAAUACAUAUCAUCCUAAUAGUUUUACUACUCUAUUGAAAUCCAAUCAUUUUACAAAGAAUUUAUUGGAAUACACAUUAGAAUUGUAAUAUAAUUAGAAAGCCUUUGAAAAAACUAAGGAAUCAAUGGGAAGAAGUGGAGCAUUUUUUUUUUUUAGUUAAAAUAAUAAACUUAUUAUCAAAACUAUAGAAAAAUCUGAAAUUAAAGAUUUUUUAGAUGGACGUAUUGUUUCAUAUUUCAAUUAUAUUAAUUCUCAUCAAAAAUCACUUAUUGCUAAAAUUUAUGGAAUCUUUAAAAUUAAGUUGAUGGCUUAUAAAACACAAUACCUGGUUUUAAUGGAAAAUACAUUUGAAUAAUUGAAGCAAUUAGAUUAUGAAUUUGUAGUUUAUGAUUUAAAAGGUUCUACAGUUAAUAGAACAUCACAAUCUAAUGAAAGUGUUUAAAAAGAUAAUAAUUUUAAAUAAUCAUCUCAUAAUCCUAUUUAUUUACCAAAAGAGAUUUCACAAUAAAUCAAAAUAUAACUUUAGGAUGAUUGUACUUUCUUAAGAAAUAUUGGGUAUAUGGAUUAUUCAUUAUUAUUGGGAAUUUGUACAGAAAAUGUAUAAUAAAAAGAAACUUAAAAUUAUAGACUUGUAAUUAAUGAAGAAAAAAAUAAAUUAUUUUCAUUUUCAAUUAUUGAUUAUUUAUAAAGAUUUAACUAAUAAAAAAAAAGUGAAUAAUGUUUCAAAAGAAGUCUGAAAUUUAAAAAAAAGAAAGAUUUGUCUUGCAGAAGUCCAGAACCUUAUUGCGAUAGAUUUAUAAACUUUAUAAAUUCAAUUAUUGUUUGA